AUGUCCAACACCAGCAACCUUUCUAGCCAGUCGCUCUUUGACCUCUCUGGCAAGGUCGCACUUGUCACCGGCGGCGGCUCCGGCAUCGGGCUCAUGGCAGCCCAGGCCCUGGCGGCCAACGGCGCCAAGGUGUACAUCUGUGGCCGGACGCAGGAGAAGCUGGACCGAGCUUCAGACACCCACGGCCAGGAUGCAAAGGGCACCUUGAUUCCGAUCCAGGCCGACAUCACCAAGAAGGAGAGCAUAGCGGCCCUCUCUGACGAGAUCAAGUCGCGGGAGAAGUCUCUCAGCAUCCUCGUCAACAACGCCGGCAUCGACGGGGAGUCCUUCCCCGUAGCCGAGAGCAAGUCGGCCGAGGAGCUCAAGAAGAACCUGUUCGACGACUCCAGAGCGACGUUUGACGACUGGACCAACGUUUACCGGACCAACGUAGCCGCCACAUACUUCACCACCACGGCCAUGCUGCCGCUCCUCCAGGCCUCCACCGACAACCACCCUGGCUGGUCGGCCACGGUGGUCAACAUCACCUCCAUCUCCGGCAUGGUCAAGACGUCGCAGCACCACUUUGAGUACAACGCCUCCAAGGCGGCGGCCGUCCAUCUGACGCGUAUGCUGGCGUCCGAGGUGGCGGAUGCGGGACUCAAGAUCCGCAUCAACGGAAUCGCCCCCGGCGUCUUCCCCAGCGAGAUGACGACUGGUGGGAGCGACGAGAAGCAGAAGAGUGAGAUCGAGAAGCAGAGGUACCAGGACAGAAUUCCAGCCCGACGUCCGGGAAAGGACGAAGACUUGGCCCAAGCAAUGCUCUUUGCUGCGAGCAACCAGUACGUCAACGGCGAGACGAUAGCUGUAGAUGGAGGUUACCUCCUCUCCGCGGGGAGGUGA